AUGAAACUCCCAAGCUUAUACUACUUACGUUCAUCGCUGCUCACGGCUUCCUUAGCCAUCCAACUGAUCACGGUGGCGGCGGCCAGUGGUGCAACAUCGUCGACGGCGGCACUGAAGAAAUACAACGCCAUGUUCACCUUCGGUGACUCCAUGGAUGAGACUGGCAACAUAUGCGCCGGCAGCAGCAACAAGACGGAGUUGAACGUGCUCACCUGUACCCACCCGCCCUACGGCGAAACCUACUUCGGAAGGCCGUCUUGCCGGUGGUGCGACGGCCGCGUGGUCGUUGACUUCAUCGCACAAGCACUUGGGCUUCCAUUACUCCCACCGUCGAAAGCGAUAGGCACAGAUUUCCGUCGGGGCGUAAACAUGGCCAUCACCGGUGGCACGGCCAUGAACUUCUCCUUCUACAAAGCUCUCGGCGUUGAAGAUCCGGUGUGGAACCAUGGUUCACUAGACACGCAGAUCCAAUGGUUCAAGGAGUUGUUGCCGUCCAUAUGCGGGACAGAGCAGAGUUGCAAAGGAUACCUGAGGAAAUCGCUCUUCAUGUUCGGUGCAUACGGCGGAAACGACUACAACGUGCAGCUGCUUGAACGUGGCUUGACACCGGAGCAGGCAACGAACUACACCCCAAAGAUCGUUGGUGCCAUCGCCAACGGCGUGGAGAAACUGAUUGCUCUCGGCGCCGUCCACGUCGUCGUCCCGGGAAUCUUCCCGACCGGCUGCUUGCCGAUCUUCCUGUCCUUGUUCGGCGACGGCGACUUGGACGACACCGGCUGCCUCAAGGCCUACAACCUCCUGACCAGGUACCACAACUCGAUGCUCCGGAAGCAGGUGGAAGCCCUCCAGCGGAAGCACCGCAACUCGACGAGGCUCAUGUACGCAGACUACUACGGCCUCGUGUACCAGAUGGUCCAGGAGCCCCACAAGUUUGGGUUUAGCGCUCCGUUUGAGGCGUGCUGCGGGGCGGGAGGGGGCAAGUACAACUUCGACCUGGGCGCCAGGUGCGGUAUGGACGGGGCGACGGUGGCCUGCCGCAACCCGUCGGCGCGGCUCAGCUGGGACGGCAUCCACCCCACGGAGGCGGCUAACAAGGUGAUCGCCGGGGCACUGCUGAGGGGACCCUACUGCACCCCUCCCAUCCUGUCCUAG